UUUUUUUUUCUUCCCCAGUCUCCGCCAGAAGACCAAACGUCGUUUCACCUCGGUAAUUAGACCUCUGUUUGCUUGCUUGUUGUGUGGUGGACAAAAAUGACGGAGUAUAAGCUGGUGGUGGUGGGCGCAGGAGGCGUGGGCAAGAGUGCACUCACCAUCCAGCUCAUCCAGAACCACUUCGUAGAUGAAUAUGACCCCACAAUAGAGGAUUCAUACAGAAAACAAGUGGUGAUUGAUGGGGAGACCUGCCUGUUGGAUAUUCUGGACACUGCAGGUCAGGAGGAGUACAGCGCCAUGCGGGAUCAGUACAUGAGAACAGGGGAGGGCUUCCUCUGCGUUUUUGCCAUUAACAACACCAAGUCCUUUGAGGACAUUCACCAGUACAGAGAACAAAUUAAGCGUGUGAAGGAUUCUGAUGAUGUACCCAUGGUGCUUGUGGGAAAUAAAUGUGACCUCCCAGCACGCACAGUGGACACAAGGCAAGCCCAGGAGUUGGCUCGCUCCUAUGGGAUCCCGUACAUUGAAACCUCUGCCAAAACACGGCAGGGAGUAGAGGAUGCUUUCUACACUCUUGUAAGGGAGAUAAGACAACAUAAGUUGAGGAAGCUGAACCCACCUGACGAGAGCGGUCAGGACUGCAUGAGCUGUCGAUGUGUGGUGUCGUGAAGCAGUUCUCCAUUACAUGUUGAGGAGAAAUGCUCCAGCGCGAAGUGGCAGCAUGGAUUCGACGACGGACAGAAAAAAAACAACCUAAAGAUGAAACCUGAACUUUGUCAAACAGAGGACGAUUGAAGCAAAAGCUCUCAAGGAAACCACCACGGCUGACUGAAGCAUAGACUCUAAUGAAAAAGAGGAGUUUUUGACUGUUUCCUAAGUGGCAAGCUGAACUGGUCUGAGCUGGUCUCUUCUUUUUUUUUUUUUAUGUUGGGCCACAUCGAUCUGUGAGCAACACCACUAAUGACUCGAUCAAGCUGGGUUGUUCCACGCAUUUCCUGCUAACUUAUUGUUUUCAGUCUCAACACUGGUUGUAAAGAGGGUGUCUCUUGCGCCCUCUUGCCUUGAAGCCCAAUUCCCUUUCCCCUGCCUCGAACCUGGAAGGACUGACUGAUUUACAUGGAAAGGACUGGAUUAAACAUUUUGUUUUUCUCUCACCUCGCAUAAAUAACCCACCUCCAUUCGACAUGCACAGGGUUUGCUCGAAUGGCAUUGCAGACCUGGGAGAUGCUGGGGGUGGAAGCUGAUAUGGGAUCUUUUUUUGUUGCUCUUUACCAAUUAGCCUAAACUGUAAAAAAAAAAAAAAGAAAGAAAAUAUUUGAUUUAGUUUCUGGUAUGAUUUUUUUUUUGUCUUGUGACUGGUAGAAUUGAAAAUCAUUGAUCACUACAAGUACAUAAAUAUGUUUAUUUUUAAAAA